AUGGCGGAUUUGGUGGAACUUUUGUUGCAAAAUUCAAGCCCUUCUCAGCUCUUAACGAUCCUCUCKGGCUAUUUAGAGACUUCUGAAAGCAAGCGUAAUGCUGAUUUUUAUUGUUCGUUGAAAUCRGUGCUUAUUCCYCUAAAGGAACAUGGCGAACUUCCMGAUGAAACGAUUCGUAGAAUUUAUCGAGAAUACUGCUUUCCUGCAUUAUGUAAAAACGUCACUGAUCGGCUUCUUUUGCACUCAGUAUACGACGUUAUAGUUUUAUGCUGYACUUUAGGUCCAAACGAUUUAGCCAAAGAACUUAUUGAAUGCUGUUUAGAUAGUUUAUCGAACUAUUCCAAAGAGCUGGCAUCUCCUAGCGGGCUUCCUGUGUUAGUCAGCUUGGAUSUUGUAAGUCAUUUAUUGAAGGGCGAAGCCAGAGCUGUUGUUGAUGAAGAUUCRCAUGAAAAACUGUUUAAUAGUSUACURGAUGUCCUCUGCGUGUCAGAUGAACUCAUGUGUGCGAGAAUAUCAAGUGGGAUACUUCCAUUGUUUAUAGGCAAUGGCAUAGAAAGUAAUCUAAAACUUAUGACCCUUUGGGCUAGAGUCACAGAAAUGGCACAGAUGGAUUCCWUGUCUUCUACUAGCACACUUGACAACCUCCAGAAAUACUAUGCAACAAUGUGUAGUCUCAUUGAUAUUUUUCUUAUGGAUUCCAGUACUGGUGGAAGCAUUUUACAUGAAUCAAGGUUUUGGGAACUAUUGCAACAGGGGCUAAAGCUACAGGAUCCUUUAGCAAGUAAGCGAGCUAUGUACUUGCUUCAGAGGUSUUUGGACCAUAUUGAGAAGAAAAGAAUGUCCCUCAAAGUUAAAGAUACACAUGACAGAGUUGUAUUUUACUGGGAGCCAAAGUCAGAAAAGUUAUUACUUGAAAUCUGGCAAGAGUUUGUUUUGUUGAUAGAAACUUUGAGUGAAACUCAGCUUCAUGUAAUAAAGCCAGUAUUGAYAAAAUUUAGUAAAAUCGUCACUGCCACUGAGCUGAAUAGUGAAGAUUCCAGAUCUCUGCACCUCUCAUGGAUGACCACAAUCAUCCACAAAGCCUCAUUACAUCCCAGUAAGUUCAUCCGUAAGUGGGCCGCCCUUGAAAUAAUGACAAUGGACUUGUCAAAGAGUCCACUUUUGCACCCACAAAAUUGGAACUUCAUACUGGGGCACUUUCAAGCCAUGCUUGGUGAGUAUAAUCUUUACAGCAAGGGUUAUGAUGGUAUCACUGGAACUCUGUCUCCAGUAGGAACAGCCCUUCAUUCCUUCUACAAAAAUUGCUUUGAAUGUCUUCCUAAAGAUCUUCAUGUAGAGUUCAUGAGAAGGCUUAUUAUAUCUAUUGAGRAACAGAAGUUUUCUGCUGCACCAUUGGCAUGCAUUUUCAGUUCCUUAGCAAACAUUCCAAGUUUGCCAUUGUUGGGAGAAGAGUCCUUGCAGAGAAUUAGGAACAUCCUGUUGCACCUAAGGACACAUGCUGUCAACUUCCGUUUGGCAACCAAAGGUUUUAUARUAACUACAAUAGUAAACCUUACUGACACCUCCUUGGUUAGYUGGGAUGCWAUYUUYAAUUUAUUAACUGUUGGAAAACUGGAUGAAUGCUUACAGAGGAAGAGCUGGCUKUGGGAAUGUUUGUGUAGUUGGAUUUGGAGUACAGUAAACAUUAAACAUGAAAUAGUAGAGAACAGAUUAAUAAAGGAUAAACAAAAUGAGGGAUUAGUCCAUUUUCUGCUGGCAAAGAUGGAUCAGUUCCUCAAAGAUCAGCAAGUUCAUCAAGAUUACAUGAAUGAUGAAGCAGKRUCAUUGGGUUUUUUCAUAAUUUCUGCUGCAGACUCUUUUCAUKUGCACAACAAAAGUCCCUGUGAMUUGCUACAACUUCUAUUUAAUGAAUUAUUUCAAAAUUUUCAAGAUGCCAGUACCAGGCUCUACAUGUCAGAGUCUAGACUAUGCAAAGCUGUCACWUUGCUCACAUCACURCURAAAGUGAUUGAUGAGAGCCAUAGUGAUAUAGGGARAGAGUCACGUGACUACACUAAAGAACUGAUGACAAGUUUCUUGAAACACAAUUUGACAGACAUUUUGAAUCUUCUUCAAAGAAAGCUCAUUUCUAGUGAAUGUGAUAGUGGGUCUACUGGAGAAUUCCCCUACUUGAAACUCAGCCAAUCCUUGCAUCAUUUCUGCUCCACAAACCCAACAAUKAGYUCUUURUGGCAACARUUUUACUCCUUUCUUGAAAGAAUCACCASAUCCAGCAUCAARACUGUUCAGGRUAUCCAUGGAUACAGUAACCAUGGUAACCAGCAGUGGUCAGUGAUGCACCAAUCAAUGUUGGUAAUUGCAUGGGUCUGUGACGUCACAACYGAUAACCACAUGACCAUUCCUCAGUCAAUUACCAAACUUCUUCUAAAUGCCAUACCUACAUUUAGGUUGGAUGUUGAAUUCAAGACGCCAGGAGCUACUUCCAUAGRUGAAAGCUCGUUCCAGGGGGCUGUUCAAAGUAUAGCAACGUUGAGGAACUCUGUGUCAGGAUAUCUUGGCGCUCUUUGGAGAACUGUUGCAUAUUAUCUCCAGCAAAACACAGCUGAAAUACAAUCCRUUAAUGUAGCUGAAGACGGACUUAAAAUCACAAGYUGUAYUUCACAGGUCCUGGAAGCUGCCUUAGAAGCCUUGAACGUCACAAGYUCUGACAACGUCAUGYCGAUAAUGACUUCCAUUGGUUUACUUAUCCCAAAGCUUCUUGACCGCCAUAUUGAACUGUGUUCCCGCGCACUUGAUGCGGUCUGGGCAACGCUCGUUGAAAUGUGGGAUCAUCCAUCAUUUUGGGAAAUUUGCCGCACAACAGCAAACGUUGUCAUGAGUCCUAGACUGCUCAUGCUCCCCGAGGAACACCYGCUGACUGURAAAAUUAARGCUCGCCUUGRGGAAWUGAUGAGUGAAGGAGAAUUUCGACAUGGCAUAAUGAACGUAGUAAUACARCACCUUGGCGACGUGUGGACAAAACAGCCUUGURRUUCUAGCCUACUUGUUUACAAAGAACUAAUCGUGGAGAUACUUCUUUAUAAUGCAUCAGUACAGAAGACCCACGUGAUUGACGCCAAUGUAGAYGCAUUUUUACGUCACAACUUUAGUACCCAGUCGCCGCUCUGCGCAAUUCAUGGAUUAGAGAAGCGCGAUGAUGGUCAAGUUCGUGUGACGAUGACAAACAUACUGCUCAGUCUUGAUGCCUCCGAUUCCUCAACACAUGAAGUGCUGUUUCAGAUAAUAAAAUUACUCCUUGCUCGUGAUGACGAGAUUUCUGUUGCUAAYCCCAAAAUGUACGCCAAUUCCCGCAGCCACCGSAARAAGCACCACGCCUGGCAGGCCAUUUUGGUCCUMCUUCCACUGGUAAUGGAGGGAGAUCCCCAGGGCGCAUGCUGUGAAGAAGUACUCCGCUAUACUUUCGCAUCGCUUGAGUGUGCUAAUCAAGUGUCRGUGCAGAACUAYCAACAAUGGCUGAUAUUGUGYAUCUUAAAUAGUUCUUCGCUUGUUUUUUGYAGAUAUCCAAAUAUGGCAUCGUUGUURUGGGACGAGUUYAAACACGACUCUGAAAAGCGAGUGGGAAGGAUAAGUCUCCUAGCAACUGUUGCCAUGUUAUUUGUUAUCCAUUGUGUGACGGACUCGACGAGRCGYCCCAUUCUWUUCAAACAUGCAAUAUCAGCGGUGUUGCCAUGGAUUUCUGUCAAUCAUCGUCAGGCACGUGUUCACGCGCAGUUGGCAUUACAGAGAAUGUGGUAUUGCUGCGUUUGUGAAAACCUGGAAUUGGUKUUGAGGGAAAGAGAACUUAUCGAGCCGUGUUUGGAGUUCAUGAUGAUUAACAACGAUACGUUAGCAGAGAAAGUAAAACUGUUUGAGAAUUAUUUUUUCUUUGACUUCAAUCCUAUCAGUGAUUUCUCCAUUGAAACCAUCUACYACACAAUCCCCAAGCACUCAGAGGUGUCCGAGGAAGAAUGGAUUCAACCUAAGCAGUUUCAAGAAAAGGCACUGGGCAAGCGUUUGUGGAGCUCGCUGCAGUGCUAUGGCAUACCGCUGUACAACAAAGRUCGAAGGCUUGCAGAAUUUGUAACUGAGCCAUUUAACUACCGUGAAACAUUUGGCACACAGUUCCAGUGUCGAAUCCGGGGGGAGAAACCGCAGUCUUCAACCAACACUCCUGAUGCAGAAAGUCAAGAUAUYCCCGAAGGUGGUGAUGUCCAAAAGAAAAUCAUCGCGUGGAAGAUUGUCCCCCCGGAUGAGAUGAUGAUCGCUGAGCUYCAGCAACAAAGAAUGMWGUCACUACAGAAGUCUUCAGGGGGWAACCUGAUUGUCGUGGCAUCGUUGAUUGACAAGGCACCCAACCUUGGCGGYUUGUGUCGAACAUCGGAGAUAUUUGGAGUGAAAAAACUUGUACUKGGAAGCAAUGAAAUCAUGAAGGACAAAAACUUCAAGAACUUAAGCGUGAGCUCUUCCAAGUGGGUUGAUGUCGAGCAAGUACGACCAGUUGAUCUCAAGGUUUAUCUGCAAAGAAUGCAACAACAAGGAUACAUUCUCAUUGGCGUAGAGCAGACAGCCAAUAGCAAGCCGUUGACAGAGUACACUUUUCCCCACAAUGCACUAUUGCUGCUAGGCAAUGAGAAAGAAGGUAUCCCAGCAGACCUCAUUCAACUUUUAGACGUAUGCGUCGAGAUUCCGCAGGUCGGUGUGAUUAGGUCCCUAAAUGUUCAUGUUAGUGGAGCCCUCCUUAUUUGGGAAUAUACACGACAGCGCGUGCUUUCCGGGGRAAACUCUGCUGACUAGAAGAUAAUGGACAACUUGUCCUAAGUCUUGAACUAAGACACUAACAAAUAAUAUGACAAUAAUGAUGUAUUUUGAGAAUUUACAAUUGUUUUCGAACUAAAAGUAUAUUUGUCUAGUAACGUGGCUGGAUCAUUUGAACUUGCAUUUCCAAUUACAUUUAGAUUUCUUUUUUCAUCUGGCAACUAUGAAUGGAGACGACUCUAUUUUGUUACUAGUGACGUUAACGGUUAAUGAUUUUAGUAUAUUCAUAUAAUUUAUAGAAUAUAAUUUGUAUAGGAAAACUAGCAAAAAGGCUGCAUAGUUUAGAGAAGGACUGUUGUCGAAUAAAGUCAUUUGCAAACGGAUUCGGGUUUGAUUUCCAUUUUGUCUCGGUGUCACAGCACCUG